AUGUGUGAGCUGAAGAUACUCAAUCUUUCAGACUGCAGUAUCAGUGAAGAAGGUUAUAAAGCUCUGGCUUCAGCUCUGAGAUCAAACCCUUCACACCUGAUAGAGCUGGAUCUCAGAGGAAAUGAUCCUGGACAAUCAGGAGUGAAGGAGCUCACUGAUUUACUACAGGAUCCACACUGUACACUGAAGACACUGAGGUUUUUGAGUCCUGCAGCAGAAGAAGUCUUUCAGUUUGUGACUGGAAUUGUGGGUAAAAACCCGUUACUCCUGAAAGAACUGAAUCUGAGUAAUCAUGAAUUAGGAGACACACAAGUGAAUCAACUCUCGGUUCUGCUGAAAGAUAAACACUGUACAAUCAACACACUUCAGCUGUUUAAUAGCAAGAUUACAGCAGAAGGUUGUGCUUCUUUGACUUCAGCAUUUAAUUCAAAUCCUUCACACCUGAUAGAGCUCAAUCUGAGUGAAAAUAAACUAGAAGACUCUGGAGUAGUGAAAAUCUGCCCUCUGCUGAAAAAUACACAGUGCAGACUGGAGAAACUGAGUCUUUCAGACUGCAGUAUCAGUGAAGAAGGUUAUAAAGCUCUGGCUUCAGCUCUGAGAUCAAACCCUUCACACCUGAUAGAGCUGGAUCUCAGAGGAAAUGAUCCUGGACAAUCAGGAGUGAAGGAGCUCACUGAUUUACCACAGGAUCCACACUGUACACUGAAGACACUGAGGUUUUUGAGUCCUGAUGAUGAUAAAGUCUGUCAAUUUGUGACAGGAAUUGUGGGUGAAAACCCGUUACUCCUGAAAGAACUGAAUCUGAGUAAUCGUGAACUAGGAGACACACAAGUGAAUCAACUCUCUACUCUACUGCAGGAUAAACAUUGUAGAGUCAACACAUUCAUGCUGAAUAAUAACAGGAUUACAGCUGAAGGUUGUACUGUCUUGACUUCAGCAUUUAAUUUAAACUCUUCACACCUGAUAGAGCUCAAUCUGAGUGGAAAUAAUCUAGGAGACUCAGGAGUAGAGAAGAUCUGUCCUCUGCUGAAAAAUACACAAUGCCGAUUAGAGAAACUGAGUCUUUCAGACUGCAGAAUCACUGAAGAAGGUUAUAAAGCUCUGGCUUCAGCUCUGAGAUCAAACCCUUCACACCUGAUAGAGCUGGAUCUCAGAGGAAAUGAUCCUGGACAAUCAGGAGUGAAGGAGCUCACUGAUUUACUGAAGAGUAGAAGCUGUAAAUUCAGGUUUCUGAAGUGUUCUGCACAGGAAGCGUGUGACUAUCUUACUAAAGCUGUGGGUAAAAGUCCAUUAUUACUGACAGAACUGGAUCUGAGUGAAGAUAAAUUAGGAGAUCUGGAUGGAGACAAACUCUCUGCUCUUCUGAUGGACUCUCAUAGCAAAGUGGAGAAAAUCAAGCUGAGUAAUUGUGAAAAGCUGACAGAGAAAAGCUGUUCAGUUCUAGCUACUGUUCUCUCCUCCAAAACCAUCCUGAAAGAGAUGAACCUGAACAACAGUCGUCUGUUGGACUCAGGAGUCAGAGAGAUCUGUAAAGGAUUAGGGAAUCGAAUGUGUGAGCUGAAGAUACUCAAGUCAGUACAUCCAGAUACACUGCAGAUAACACCACUAACCCUGUAG